AUGCCGGAGCCUGUCACAUCAUUAGGAUUGCUCGAAGGUCAAGCAUCCAUGUCCACGGAUUGGCAAGAGGGAGUGCCACUGGAUUCGCCGUCUGAAAUUUUCAUGAGCCAAGGUGGUGACGGAGGGAGCGGAAUGGUGAUGGGGGCACCCUCGACUUUCUCGGCGCCCGCACCUACUGCCGGAGACGCCGUUGACGAAAGACUGGUAGGACUCGCCUCACCUGCCACAUCCACCGCCACCUCCACAACGUCUACCAUGCACACCACCACGACCAUGAUGGACCUCCAGUCGGGACAGGCGGAAGGGUCUGGAGUAGGCUAUCUACCUGUACUGAACGCCGACACGCAUUUUCCCUUCUCUGCGUCGACCCCCGACGAGACCCUUUCCCUCCCCUCUCCCUCGGUGGCGGCGGCUUCCCUCGGACCUCCUGCUGACAGGACAAGGGACUGGCAAGGAAGGAAAGGGUUGAGAAGCGAAACGAAGACGGGAUCACCCCUCGGUGCAGAGCAUCCUAGAGUGAUUACUACUCCGACUCUUGCAACCCUUUCUUCCGGCGGGGCGCGUGGGCAGGGGCAGCCUCGACAGAUUCCUCCACCCCCGUUGCCGCUGCCGGCAGCCUCUCCCAUGGCCACGGCUACGAUGAUGAUGGGUCACCUAGGCUUUAACACCUACUAUGCACCACCACCCGUCCCCUCCUCCCUACCCGCUGCCUCCAAGGCGUCAAAAUCACCGGCCGGUGCUGCCAAUAGGGCAGCCGCUGCGACUUUGACGAGCGGAAGUCGGGGCUCACGAACCAGGAGACGGUCUGCGAGCCUGUCGACCUCGUCUACACCAUCAGCGCUUCCCGUCGCAGCCAUUCCCAGGGCAGCUGCCGCCACAAGACCCACAAUAGACACUGCUGCUGAGGUAGCAGAGUCAAGUACAGGACUUCUUCGUGGAAGCUACAGGUGCGGGCGCUGUGGAGGGAUGAAAAAGAAUCACGUAUGCCCCUAUCUGUACGAGGAGCAUCUGGAGAGGCGGGACGCCGGCACAGAGGUGGACUUGGUGUUAACACGGGGAGACCAGGACAAAGGAGGGCGUCCAAAUAUGCCCUCUGGCAUGUCCUUUCAUUUUCUGACGAUUCGAGCCCGUGAAAAUGUGAAGGCGGGUUUUCAGACAUUACUAGCAUCGACACCAGAGCUGGACAUCAGGAUGGAGACAGGCAUUCCGUCGACUCAUACUUCCUCGUCUUCGGCGCCACUGCUGCCCCUGCCAGUACCCAUGAGCGUUCAUGGACAAGCCAUGGCACAUUCAGCUUUAUAUGAUAACAUGAAUAUGUCUCGGUCGAUACAGGAGCAAGAGCCUCAGGGACAGCGGCGCCAGCUGCAGCAGCAACAAGACGUGUACCCUUCACCAGAUCAAGCCCCCGCCAUCGACUCACAGGUUCCAACAGAUAUGGAGGAGGAUCAAGCAGUUACACUUGUGAGACAAUGUUAUUACGUGCGGGUCCAUAGCGACUCGUACAAGGACGAAGGAGAAGGAGGAAAAGCAUGGUUGUAUAUGGAAAAAGAGUAG